AUGGAGAAAAGUAGGAUGAACCUGCCCAAGGGGCCGGACACGCUGUGCUUCGACAAGGACGAGUUCAUGAAGGAAGACUUUGAUGUCGAUCACUUUGUGUCUGACUGUCGGAAGCGAGUGCAGCUGGAAGCACUCCGAGAUGACCUGGAGCUCUACUAUAAGCUGCUUAAGACAGCCAUGGUUGAGCUCAUCAACAAGGACUACGCAGACUUUGUCAACCUGUCAACAAACCUGGUUGGUAUGGACAAGGCCCUCAAUCAGCUUUCUGUGCCUUUGGGACAGUUACGAGAAGAGGUUCUGAGUCUUCGGUCAUCUGUCAGUGAAGGAAUUCGGGCAGUAGAUGAACGAAUGUCUAAACAAGAGGACAUUAGGAAAAAAAAGAUAUGUGUGUUGCGGCUUAUACAGGUUAUUCGAUCGGUUGAGAAAAUUGAAAAAAUCUUAAAUUCUCAACAUCCUAAAGAAACAUCUGCACUAGAAGCAAGCAGCCCGCUUUUAACUGGACAGAUUUUGGAGAGAAUUGCCACAGAAUUUAAUCAGUUACAGUUUCAUGCUGUUCAAAGCAAAGGCUUGCCUCUUUUGGACAAAAUAAGACCACGUAUAGCUGGUAUUACAGCCAUGUUACAACAGUCACUGGAAGGCCUCCUGUUAGAAGGUCUUCAGACUUCCAGUGUCGAUAUUAUUCGGCACUGCUUACGGACUUACGCCACAAUUGACAAGACACGGGAUGCAGAGGCGUUAGUUGGUCAAGUCCUUGUGAAACCCUACGUAGAUGAGGUGAUUCUAGAGCAGAUUGUUGAUAGUAAUCUGAGUGAUCUCCAGCUCAUGUAUGAUAAACUCUUGGAGUUCGUUCCCCAUCACUGCCGCCUUCUUCGAGAGGUCACAGGAGGAGCCAUCUCAAGUGAAAAGGGCAAUACUGUUCCCGGCUAUGAUUUUUUGGUGAAUUCUGUCUGGCCAGAAAUAGUACGAGGAUUAGAAGAAAAAUUACCCUCGCUUUUUAAUCCUGGGAAUCCUGAUGCAUUUCACCAGAAAUAUACCAUAAGUAUGGAUUUUGUAAGAACAUUUGAACGGCAAUGUGGAUCACAGGCCAGUGUAAAAAGAUUAAGAGCACAUCCCGCCUAUCACAGCUUCAAUAAUAAGUGGAACUUGCCUGUUUAUUUUCAAAUAAGAUUUAGAGAAAUAGCUGGAUCCUUAGAAGCAGCACUUACAGAUGUCCUGGAAGAUGCACCAGCUGGGAGCUCGUAUCGCCUUAUGGCUUCUCAUAGGACGUGGAGCAGCCUUCAGAGGUGCUGGUCUGACAAGAUGUUCUUGCCGCUGCUGGCGCAUCGUCUGUGGAGACUGACGCUGCAGAUUCUGGCGCGAUACUCCAUAUUUGUCAAGGAGCUUUUACUCAGGCCCAUCUCUAAUGAAAGUGCUAAGGAUAUUAAAAAGCCUUUGGUAACUGGCAGCAAAGAUCUUUCUAUCACCCAAGGAAAUUGCGAAGACCAAGCAAGUGGCCCUUCUGAAACAAAGCCCAUCGUCUCCAUUUCCAGCACUCAACUUGUCUAUGUGGUCACAGACCUGGACAGGCUUCAGGAGCAGCUUCCAGAACUCUUAGAAACAAUCAAGCCAAAACUUGAAGUGAUGGGCUUUAAGAAUUUUUCUUCCAUCUCAGCAGCCCUGGAGGACUCCCAGCUGUCUUUGUCUGCCUGUGUACCCGCCUUGAGUGAGAAAAUCACCCAGGACUUAAGUGAGUCUUGCUUUAGUCACCUGAAAAGUGCCCUGGAGGUUCCCAGGCUGUACCGAAGAACCAAUAAGGAGGUGCCAGUGACAGCCUCCUCUUACGUGGACAGCGCUCUGAAGCCAUUGUACCAGCUUCAGAGCAGGCACAAGGACAAGCUCAAGCAAGCCACGAUUCAGCAAUGGUUAGAAGCCGCUCUCUCUGAGAGCACGCAUAAGUACUAUGAGACCGUGUCGGAUGUCCUGAACGCUGUGAGGAAGAUGGAGGAGAGCCUGAAGCGGCUCAAACAGGCCAGGAGAGCCACUCCCGCCAGCCCGGCUGGGCUUAGUGGCGGUGGCAUGAGUGAUGAUGACAAGAUCCGACUACAGUUGGCCUUGGACGUUGCAUAUUUAGGAGAGCAGAUAGAAAAGAUGGGCCUGCGAACAAAGGACAUAAGAAGCUUUCCGGCUCUCGCAGAGCUCGUUGCUGCUGCCAAGGACCAGGCACCUGCGGACCAGCCUUAA